UUACAUAUUACAAAUAAAUGGCCAUUGCUGUUACCGCACCGCAUCGGUAACCAGUACAAUUUUUUUCAAAUCGAAAGUGAAAAGGAAGGAGAUACCACCAUUGACUACCCUGAGUCCAGUUUCAAUAAUUCUUUGUAAUUCGUUUUUUUUUAAUUACUUCUUCGCGUAAACUUAUCAGUUUAUAUUUCGGCCGAUACCAGACUCGAGUGAUUCUAUCUUUUUUUUUCUCAUGAAUUAAUUUUCCAUCCGCAAUGAUCGUUCGAUUUGUGGUAUGGUUCUUACUGGUAGGCAGUUCGCUGGCAGCGAACUCUGAGAAGACCUCCUCAUCACUCGAUGGUUCGACGAAAAAAACACAACAUAAGCAAACAGCUCAAAAACGCAGCGACGACGGCAGUCAAACCGUUCCGCAGAAACGUGGCCUUUAUGGUUUAGAAGCUGUGGAAAUAGCGCACGCUCCACCUCUACCCUCCUUCGCGACGUAUUCGUCGACUCCGGUACCUCUGGAGUACUCUUCUGUGGGACCAUACGUGAAGUCGACUUCCGCAUACCCCGAAGUGUUCAUAAAACCGUCUUCGGCACAUUUGCAUCCUCAUCCUCAUCCCUAUCCGGUGCCAAGUCCGGCACCCUACGAAGACGCUCACGUAAUAUCAUCGACUCCGGGCACUCUGGUGCCACCACCACCUCCUCCACACGGUAUCCAGCUCAAUCCGCACGUCAAAGAAAUCACAGUCACCAAAGAGGUGCCGGUACCAUACUACGUGCACGUCGAGAAAAAAGUCCCUUAUCCGGUCUACAUCCAGGUUCCACAUCCGUAUCCGGUGACCGUAGAAAAACACGUACCUUACGAAGUACGAGUCCCAGUCGAUCGUCCGGUUCCGUACGCCGUACCUAAACCGUAUCCGGUUCACGUACCCGUUGAGAAACCAGUCCCAGUACCGGUUGAAAAACACAUCCCUUAUCCGGUCAAAGUACCGGUCGAUCGACCUUAUCCGGUUCACGUACCUGUUGAAAAACCAGUCCCGUAUCCGGUCCAAGUACUAGUCGAUAGACCCGUCCAUGUACCUAAACCGUAUCCAGUUCACGUACCCGUCGAGAAACACGUACCGUAUCCGGUCAAAGUGCCCGUACCAGUAGCUGUGGUUCCCAGUUACGAGAAAAAUUACCAUUAUCACGAUGAACCGAGCUACGUGAAAGCUUCCCCUUCGCCUUCCCCCUACCCAUAUCAUUAUCCUGCUCACCCCAACAGAUACUCGUCGCCUUAUUGGUCACCUCUGUUUAAACGUAAUGCUCAUUGAAUUCCGCUAGUUCCUCAUUAAAUAAUUGCCAAGUAUGGAAUUUUUUUUGUUAUAUCGUUUGUUUUUACCCAUCAUGCACAUUUCCUUCGAUCAUGUAAUUUAUUGUAUUCCUUCAUUUUCAAUUUGAUUUAAUUUAUUUUUUUUUUAAAGUCAAACUUAGUACUAGACAAAACGAACCUUCGCUUGAGUAGAUUGCAAUUAGUCAUUUUCAAUUCCUGUUCGUAUGUAUGUGAACUGUGAAGAUAGCUGACGAGGUUAUCUGACGAACAAAAGCAAUUCUUGGUACUUUUGAUGGAAGAUAGAAAUUAACAAAAAAUAAUUGUCACUUUAGUAACUUAUGGUUUCAAUUUUUUUUUCUCAAUCGAUAAGUACAGAAUGUAAUGACAAAGUGGAAUUAAUUUUACAUAUUUUGAGAAAAUUUCCACGAAUUUUUCACGCAUCAAAAAUACUUGUAUCAUGAAAAGAAAUUACUUUUUCACUCUAGUACAUGCUCUAUAGUUACCAUGUUGAUUACCUAUAUCCAAAGUGGCUGUAAUUCGACCUAAUUUUAUUUAUUUUAUUUAUUCGAUUGCCCUAGGCAACUUUUUUUUUUGUGGUGUUUGGGUCGAAAAUGGGCUUAAUCGAUAGUUUGGACCCUAAAACAAAAAUCAGCCUCAAAACCAACUCAAAUUGGAAACCCCCACUCUGGUUUUUGUUUUAGGGUCUCAAGUAUCGAUUAAGCUCAUUUUCAACCCGAACACAAAUAUGCAGUUGCCUGGUGUUAUUUAUUUUUGUUCGCAAUUCAGUUACCUUGGAUUUAUUUAAUUAAAUUAUCAACUUUUGUACAAAAAACGUAAUAAAUAAAUAAUUUAUACGUCGUG